AUGGCCUCCUUCGAAUCCUGGCAAUCCCCGCUUUCGAGCCGUUACGCAUCCAAAGAGAUGUCCGGUCUCUUCUCCAACGCCACUCGUUUCUCCACUUGGCGUGAACUUUGGCUCAACCUUGCCAUUGCCGAGCGCGAACUUGGACUCGAUAUCCCUGCCGACGCCAUCGAACAGAUGAAAGCCAACCUUACUCUCGAUGAGCGACAGAUGGCUCUUGCUGCCGAGGAGGAGAAGAAGAGAAGGCACGAUGUUAUGGCUCAUGUCCACGUCUAUGGCUUGGUUGCCCCCAAGGCUGCUGGGUUCAUUCAUUUGGGUGCUACUUCUUGCUACGUUACGGACAAUGCGGAUCUUAUCUUUUUGCGAAAGGGACUGGAUCUGUUAUUGCCCAAGUUGGCGCUGGUGAUUGAAAGGUUGUCGGCGUUUGCAGAGAAGCACAAGGCUUUGCCUACGUUGGGUUUCACUCACAUGCAACCGGCUCAAUUGACCACUGUGGGGAAGAGAGCUACGCUUUGGAUUCAAGAGUUGUUGUGGGAUUUGAGGAACAUUCAGAGAGCUCGUGACGAUUUGGGUUUCCGUGGUGUUAAGGGUACCACUGGUACUCAGGCUUCUUUCCUUGCCUUGUUCGAUGGUGAUCAUGCUAAGGUAGAGGCGUUGGAUGAGAGGGUUACCGAGUUGUUCGGCUUUCCCCACGCUAUGCCUGUUACUGGUCAAACCUACUCUCGCAAGGUCGACAUUGAUGUGCUCAACAGCCUUUCUUCUUUCUCCGCUUCUGCGCUUAAGAUGGCUACCGACAUUCGUCUUCUUUGUCACUUGAAGGAAGUCGAAGAACCCUUCGAAAAGGACCAAAUAGGAUCGAGCGCUAUGGCAUACAAACGUAACCCAAUGCGUUCCGAGCGUGUCUGCGGUCUCGCUCGUUGGCUCGGUAACACCGUCAACUCUGCUCGAGAAACCGCCGGUUCGCAAUGGAUGGAACGUACCCUCGACGAUUCGGCUAACCGUCGUCUCUCGAUUCCCGAAGCUUUCCUCACCGCAGACGUCAUCCUUACUAUCCUCCAAAACGUUUCGGAGGGUCUGGUGGUCUACCCUGCCAUCAUUGCUCGUCGUAUCCAGAGCGAGCUUCCCUUCAUGGCUACUGAGAAUGUUAUCAUGGCCAUGGUUCGUGCAGGUGGUGACCGUCAGGAAUGCCACGAGAGAAUCAGAGUGCUUUCCCACCAAGCCGCUGCUCAGGUUAAGGAACACGGAAAGGAGAACGACCUCAUCGCUAGAAUCAAGGACUCCUCUUACUUCCAGCCAAUUUUGGCACAGAUGGAUCAGUUGUUGGACCCUAAGAGCUUUACAGGUCGAGCUGAACAACAGGUGGAUAGCUUCUUGAUAAAAUGGGUCAAGCCUGCGUUGGAGCCUUACCAGGCUGCUAUCAAGGUUGCCGGUAAGGCUGAGCUCUCUGUCUAA